AUGUCCGUCCCCGCACGGAAGCCAGAUCCUGUGCCGGACGGGCAUGCCGUGGCCUCCCAGUCCCUCUGCCUUUACCCAGGCACUCAGGCAGCAGCUGGUCGCUGCGGGGGAGGCACGGUUCCAGGCCGGGAAGCAGGCAUCCCCACGCCAGGCUUUACAAUGGUAUCAAGGCACCUAGGCACCAGAAUGGGUCUGCUGCACCGCAGGUGCGCUGGGCACCUGCUGUCUGUGCUGAUCCUCCUCAAGGCUGUUGGCACCUUGGCCCUGAUGCUCUAUGCCCUGUUGUGGGAAGCUGGAAACCUGAUCAACCUCCCCGAGAAACGCAUUGGCUUAUACAACUUCUGCCUGUGGAACGAGACAGUCAGGGAGCUGCAGUGCUUGAAGUACAAACAUCUGCAGAUGGUGGGCAUCAGCCUUUGAGGAAUGAUGCUGGCCAGGAUUUGUGUGUAUGCCUGCCUGGUCUUCAGCAUCUUCUACUUCGUUUUUGUUGCAUACAUGAAGUGCACUGAGAGAGAGGGCUGGAAGAUGAUCCACCUCCUACUCAUCAUCAAGAUGGUAAUUCUGUCCAGAGGCCUGGGGGUUUUUUUUUUACAAACUUCAUGGUGGAUUCACCUCUGUGAUUUAACUGGGGGCUUCCUGGCACUGCUUGGGACUCAGGCGCUGCUACUGCUCCAGAUUCUCACGGUCACUGUCUACCUUGGCUGGGCCAAGCACACACACCCAUGUCAAAGCCCUUAUACUGAGGAGGCUCUGCUCAUUGAUAUUUAACAGGG